AUGGUCAUGACACGCUGCAUCAAUCGCCUCGCGCGGCCAAUGCCAUCCUCGCUGAGCUCGAUCUCAAGAGUAAACCGUCAAUUCGGCACAUCAGCUCUACGCCUCAAAGAUCGCAGCAACACAACAGAUGAACACCGCGCGAACCAGUCCCAAAAGCCGCCCAACCAGUUCGUGCCGAACACUACCUCCACUAUGACAAAGGAUUACCCCAAUGUCGGCGAAAAGCCCGCUCCUCCGGAGAUGCUGAACUCUGUCGAGCCUAACUAUCGGCCUGCCGAUCCCUAUCCCGGAAGAAUCGAGCAUUUCACCGGUGGACGCCAGGAUAAUGGUGCGCAGAAGCCUGAGCUUGGUGUUGGUGAAAUGGAGGGUAUUACUUUCAAGGUUGAGCCUCUGAAGAGAACCGGGGAGGAUGUCACGACAAAGAGGGCGCGCUUAUUAUACCAAAGCCGCAAGCGCGGAAUCCUCGAGUCAGACUUGCUCCUGUCCACUUUUGCCGACGUCUACCUGGCCAAGAUGGACCACGACCAGCUUGUCGAGUACGACCGUUUCUUGGACGAGAAUGACUGGGACAUCUACUACUGGGCGACUCAGGAUGCCCCUAUUGAUACUUCUCCCAAGGAGGAUCAAGUCACCGAGAACUGGAAAGAGACCGGUGCUAAGAGCGGUGAAUGGGCGCAGACUAUUGGCGCUUUCAGAGCUGCUUACCGACCUGUUCCUCAGCGCUGGCAGGAGUCUGAGGUGCUGAAAUUGCUCCGAGAGCAUGUUCGUGAUAAGAGUGCCACUGGCUUCGAGAAGGCCAAGAAUAAGAAGACUGGGGGUGGUCGAGGUCUGGGGAGAAUGCCUAAUGUCCAAGUAUUUAACUCCUGA